UAGUCGGAGCAGUUUAAUGUAAGUUUUUUUAUACGUUGAGGGGAAAUUAGCCGCGCUCAGAAUGGACAUUCCAAUCAAAUGCAUUUUUCUGUCUACUGUGUGCAUCUUCACAGCGGAGGCUUACGGAGGAUCUGGAUACAACCCAUUAGAAGAUGAUGAAGAUGCUUAUGCAAAUGAAGCACGUUACGCUAAAUAUGAAGAUAUUCCCAGGUGCGCUCCUCUAAAGAUCAAAAAUGGUUAUGUCCAUUGCAGAACACCACAAGGUGGAUAUUACAAAAAUGUACAAGGAACAAUGUGCGACAUUUCUUGCCAAAAAGGAUAUGAAAUUCAUGGAACUGGCCGCGUCCAUUGCCUUUCAAGCAAACGCUGGUCACAAACAGUUACUUGCAGAGAAAUACGAUGCCCUAAGUUUUCAUUGCCUCUCCAUGGAAGUGCAAAGUGCUCAGAUGGAGCAUAUUUUAACUCGAGGUGUGAGUUUUACUGUACUCCUGGAUACCAAGUUAGAGGACAAAAAAGUGUGGUUUGCAUGCACAAUAAAAAGUGGAGUGGAAAGGAACCAUCUUGCCUCGACUUAGACCCACCAAAAAUAAGGUGUCCCAGCCUGAAGGUAAAGACAGCUGAACCCGAAAAGCUGACGGUGCGGGUGAACUGGGAUACCCCGGAGGGAAAGGACUCAGCUGAUGGCAUUUUGACCAAUGUCAUAUUAAAAGGCCUUCCUCCUCGCUCAGAAUUUUCAGAAGGUCAACAUAAAAUUCAGUAUACUGUUUUCGACGGGGCUGGAAACAAAGCAUCUUGUCAGUUUACAAUUAAAGUUGAGGUUAGACGUUGUGGGAAGCUCUCUCCACCAGAUAAUGGCUCCAUGAAAUGUUCCAGUGAUGGGGAUAACUAUGGGGCAACCUGUGAAUUUUCUUGCAUGGGCGGCUAUGAAUUACGUGGAAGCAAAGCAACCGUCUGCCAAUACAACAAUAUCUGGUCAGCAGCAGUGCCAUCCUGUGCACCUAUGCACAUUAAUGUGGGUGUUACUACAGCAACAGCACUUCUUGAUCAGUUCUAUGAAAAGCGUCGUUUGCUGAUCAUAUCCACUCCGUCUGCUGCCAACCACUACUACAGAUUCCAGCUUGGAAUAAUUCAGCAAGCCAUAUGUGGCUUUGACUUGAGGCAUGUGACAGUUAUAGAACUAGUUGGUGUUUACCCCGUGCUAAUAGGGAGAAUAAGAGAAAGGUUCUUGUCACCGCCACUUGUUUUACAGCUGAGAUUGCUGCUUCGGAUUUCACAAUCGAGCUUCAAUAUGGUCCUUAUUGACAAGUAUGGUAUGGACAAAGAGCGUUAUCCUUUCCCAGUCACGGCUGCUGAGCUCUUCACAUUGAUCGAUACAUUUUCCCUACGAAAAGAAGAAAUCAAGUUGCAAAUUGAAAAUGGUCAGUCAUGCAAUUGAUUCCUGAAGCUCAGAAUGAUCCUCCAAUGAAAUUGCGGUUUAUUAAGUGCAUUUUUAUACUCUCUACACAAAUAUUGAAAUGCUAUUAAUAUAUAAAAAGUGCCAUACCCUGGAACUUUUUUGUUUAGAUUUUCAGAGACUUUUGCAACAUUAUUUUAUUGUUAUGAAUAUAUAAGGAAUUGUGCAUGAUAUAAUUUAUGUCGCUCUUUCAUUUAAAACUAUACAACAGGUGUCCUAGAGUUAUACAGCAUGGAAAAAAACCCUUCUAUCUGAUCCACACUCACCAUGUUACCAAACUAAACUAGUCCCAUCUCCCUGUGUUUGGCCCUUAUGCCUCCUAACCUUUCCAAUUUAUGAACUUAUCCAAAAGUCUUUUAAACUUUGGAACUGUACCUGCUUCAGCCACUUUCUCUGGCAGUUCAUUCCACACACGAACCACACUUAUUUUUAAAAAAAGUUGUUCUCACGCCCUUUUUAAAUCACUCUCCUGUCAUCUUAAAAAUAUGCCCUCUAGUUUUGAAUUCCCCCAUCCUAGGGGAAAAUAAGUCCCAGCCUUUUCAGUCUACUUUUUAUAUCUCAAAUGCUCCAUUCCUGGCAAUGUCCUGGCAAAUCUUUUCUGAAUCUUCUCCAGUUUAUUAAUAUUUGAAAUAGUGUGCCAGGAAAGAUUUACCUAAGAUUAGAUAUAUGCCAGAAUUAUUUAUUCUGUUGUUUUCAUAUCUUUUAAAAAUUAAUUUUAUGUUAGUGCAAUAAUAAGCAAUUAGUGUUGAUUCUUGUUGUUAACAGAUGCCACUUUAUCUUGUUGCUGUUGGUCUUUUCUUCUUGCUGGUUGAAUCCAUUGAUUUAACAGUAUAUCGCUGAUAUCAAGUUCUAUUUACUGCAUAUUGCUGAUUUUCAUCCUGACUAUUGUAUAGAAAGUGGAGAUCCAAGUUUUCUGAGUACUUUCAGUGCUUUUAGAGCCAAGUGACAUAUUUCAAUGUAGAUUUAAGAUGGCAAUAAUUACUUUUGCUGGGUGUUAGAGGGAAGAAUAGAUGUAAUAAGCACAUCAACUGGUAGUCUGAAUUUUCAUAUAGCAAAUGCCUAUUGGUGAGCAAUCCAAUACAGUUUAGUUCAGCCAAGCUAUAUGAUAUUGCAUUAUAUUAGUUCAUUUUCUGCAUGAACAUAGUAGAAAUGGAUGCAAAGGUAAUCUUUGUAUUGAAGAAAUAAUGCACAAUAAUUGGCAUAAAUGUAGUCACAUUCUCUGUGUGUAUGUGUUGAAGCAAUCAUUCAAUAAAAG